GAGUAAGCUAAUGAUGCACUGCACAUUGUAUUUUUUGUGCUUGCUCCCCCUCUUUCUCUCUCAACGGGUAUUUUUAUACACAAAUCAAAUCUUUUUCCGAAAGAAUACAUGCCCAUAGAACCUGUUUCUGCAUUCUAUCAACACUUUUUGCCGAUUAAUCACCGCAAAUUGGAUCGGGGUGUGAGAUGAAGUAUGAUGCAAAAAUGAAAAAUGCAAAGCCUGCACCUUUUGGCUAGAAAAGGUCAAAGAACACCACUGCCAAUGUGCUGUUUCCAUAUGAAAGGAUGCCGAACAUCACUGUAUCUUACACAUUAAGCAGCAUGAAGGGACCUGAUUCAUGCAAACAUAUGACCGCGGAGAGAUUAUGUGCUGUUGGAUUUCUAAUCAUAGGAUUUAUAUAAAGAGGGGACGUUGCUCUUUAUUUGCAUUCGUUCAUUCCCACAAUCAUCUUGUUUCAUCAUGUCGUCUUUCAAGGUGCCAAUGCCAAGUCAAGGCGUAGAAGCAUUUGUUCCCGCUUCAAUCUUACAAACAUUUCACAAAGAUGGCAAAACAGAAUCUAACAAUACAAUCACAUUCACCAUCUUGGCCCUUUUGGCUUCUAUUCUUGCAUUUCAAUACUUCUUUGGAGCUCCUGCUGGCUUUCAACCUCCUGCAGGAAGUAAAGCGAAGAAGAUUAAAUCAUUCAUUCCAGCUUUAGGUCAAAUGGGCUUUUACGGUAAUUCAAGACCUACUUGGGUGAAGAAUCACAUGGGAAGCGUAACCAGACCGGCUGAAUUGAAACCUAUUCGUAUGAAUAUCCGUUCCAUGGUCGUGACCAUCGUACAUGGAACAGAAAGUGCUAGAUCUUUCUUCAACAACCGUGAUUUGAACUUCAAUAAAGGUUUCCAAGGUUUGUUUAUCGGCAUUCCAAGUCCAAAACGUAGCAUAGAAGAUGUUGAAGGAGAAGUGGAUGAAAAAAUGGUUGCCUUAGAUCAACCUGCACCCAAAUCUCAGAACUUAUUCGAUCAAUGGCGUAACAAGAAUUUGAGAAACUGUUUAUCUGAUAAACGUUUAAUUCAACAUGAUGUCAUGCGUAAAGUCGCAAGAGAUUUUGAAGAAGGUUUCCAAGAUGUUUGGAAGAAUGAUGGUAUUGAUGCCACAAAGGCUGGUUCAACCGGUUUGAUCAAUAUGACGGAGCAAUUGUACUGGAUCAUCUUCCGUGUCAGCAUUCGUAUCGUCGGUAGCACAGAAUUGGCAGAUGACAAAAGUGUUUUGAAACCAAUGAUGGACAGUUAUUGGACUAUCGAAACAGAGAACAACUACUUCAACACCAUCUUUCCGAAUCUGCCCAUCCCCAGCAAUCGUCGUCGUAAAAAGGCAGGAGAAGACUUACACAAUUUACUCAAAACUCCAAUUGAAAAGCGUAUCGCAUCAGGUGAUCGUGAAGAAGAUUAUACACAAGUCCUUAUUGAUGCAGGAAAUUCAGCAAUGGAUAUCACCCUUUGGCAAACUGGAAACUUGUUUGCUUCCAUCAUCAAUUCUUCGGCAAUGUUUGCUUGGACUUUAGCUUUUGCAUCUGCAGACGAUGGAAUUUACCAAAAAUUACGCGGAGAAAUUGAUGGAACGAUGGAAAGAUUAUGCAAAGAAAAUGGUGUGCCUUCAACAGCAAAUGCAUUCCAAAAGAUUGCAAGCUUUUCCAUCGAACAACUUGAAAAUAAUUUCGGUUUUACCUACUUUUGCAUUCGUGAAACAAUUCGUCUCUUGAGCAACGAUUACAUUUACCGUUUAAUGCAACCUAAGCAACCCGGUUCAACAGGAAACGUUGGUGGAGAAACGAUUCGAGAUGGAGAAUAUUUGGCUUUCAAUAUGGCAACGAUUAAUCUUUCAAACGAUAUUUACCCAAAUCCCUUGAAAUACGAUCCAAACAGAUGGGAAAGAGGUGAAGGUAGUGGACCGUAUGAAUUCGUUGGCUGGGGCACAGGACUGCAUCCUUGUAUUGGGAUGAAAUUAGCCAAAAAUGAAUUAAAGAUCGGUUUGGCUUUCGUUGUUGCCACGAUGGAUAUUCGUCCUAUCAACGUCAAAACUUCAAAACCAUACACUUCAGAAACUUUACCACGACCGCAGCAAUUCAGUGGUGGUUAUCGAGCUCCUACCGGACCUCUAAAGCUACACUACACCAUUCGAGGUUAAAUUAUUGAAUUGUACAUAUCACAUGAUCAGUUUUCAUUUAAAAAAAGACGUGCA